AUGGGCGGGAAAUCUGAGGUAGAUGAAGCUUUCGCGGUUUAUCGCGCUUUUUUAUGGGCCAUCGGCGUUUGGCCUCUGGAGGAGAAGAGCUUCUCCCAAAUUCUGCGUUACAUCGUCGCGGCCGUAGUCCAGGUAACCUUUCUGCUGCACACCUUCACGGAAAUACUGCUGAACAAUGGCAAGGUCUCGGAUAUGGUGGACGUAUUUUUCUUCUCAUCGGCGGCGUUUCUCACUUUCGCGAAACACACCUACUUACACUUGCACAAAGAUGCGAUCAGAGAGAAUUUGAGAUGUUACCUGGACGACUGGAGCAACACGAAGGAUGAACAUUUUCUUCGAAUUAUGAGGGAACACGUCAAGAUCUACAAGUACCAGUUCCACAUCUACAACCUCUGCGGCUACGUCGGCACGACGCUCUUCAUGUGUCGCUCGAUUCUGAUCAACAUACUGGCCAAGCGUCAGUUGGGACCAGGUGAAUCUUACAACUACCAGUUCAUCUGCCAGACGUCUUACCUGUCCCAGGACACCCUGGCCAAGUACUAUCCCAUCAUCAUGGCCAUACAGUACAUCCAGUGCAUGUACUGCUGCACCAGUGGCGCCUGUACCGAUUGCUUCUUCUUCGGUCUGGUGUUCCACCUUUGUGCCCAGUUCGAGAUUCUGAAGAUCAAGUGGGAGCGAUUGGGGACCAAGGAUUUCGGGGUCACUGCUGUCCACGAUAGGGUGAAGGUCAACGCGCUGAUCGCUAGGCACAAGGAGCUGGUCAAACUUGGAGAAAACCUGGAGUCCGGGUUCAACAACACGAUUUUGGUCCAGCUGAUGAUCAGCAUCGUACUGAUUUGCAUGAGUGGGUGUAGUAUCCUGGUAGCCAUAAUGAGGAACGACCACGUGACCAUGUUGAUCAGCACAAACAGCAUAAGCUUCAUGGUGACCGAGACCCUUAUCUAUGGCUACGCGAGUGACUACCUCGUGACCCAAAGCGAGAGCAUAGUCCAAGCUGUCUACUCGAGCUCCUGGUACGACAUGGACUCGAGUGUCAAGAAGGACAUAGUUUUCGUCAUGAUGAGAGCGAAAAUACCUCUGCACAUAACCGCUGGAAAGUUUUUCUGCGUCACGAGAAACACCAUCGUUCAGUUGCUGAAGACAUCGGUCUCGUAUCUGUCGGUGCUGAGACUCACUUUGGAGAUGUCCCAUCAGGAGGGUCAGCUUUGA